CAUAGGGAAUACGCCCGACAUCGAGACAGAUGUCCACGAGUUUGUUGUGAUAGUCGUCGAUGGUGCGGAUGGCGUCUUCAUAUUCUAACGGAAGAAGAUCCAGCAGAGAUUCUAGCUCACAAUGCAGCUGGAGCCGUGGGAUGUCCGCAGGAAAAGGCGCAGCUUCGGACGUUCUCUCGUUGUAGGACUCAAAGCACUCGAGACUGCGUGGCUGAUUAUCUGCACCGGGGUCGAACCAAAUCGCCUGAUGCCCCUGGUUUUCAGUAGCGUUAUGCCACCGAACUUUGGUCAUCACACCGUACGGCGCAGAGGUGGAUACUUUAGCAAACUCGACGUAGCACUGAGCGUAGAGCUGUGCGUUGUUGGAUACCAUCCGCAGCAACGACUCUGGCAGUGGUCUGUGAACCCACUCUGUCGAGUCUGCAGGUCUCAGCUUGGCCUUGAACGACUGCGUUGUCUGUGCCAGACUCGUGUUGGCAUUGAUAGACUUGCAGAACUCAACAAUCUGGAGCAUACCCGCACGCAGUUCCGCCGUAUUCACGAUGUUCUCGUACAUAACCUGCAGAUCGACGCAGCUUCUUAAAUUUUCAAAACGUCCGGCGCAGUACAGGCAGUAUGCAGCUCGAUGUACGUCGUGCAUUACUUUGACUGUAGAUGGGUCGGCGAAUAACACUUUCAAAGCAGAAAACACUUGAGCUUGGUCCAAUGAGUCAAGCUGCAGCACGACAGCAGUGUCUAGUGGGUUCGGCCCCACGAUACUGAUAACAGCAAGCUGGUAAUCAGAAUAUUGUCCAGAAACAACAGGUUUCUUCGCUGUAAACUGGAAAUGGACACCGACAACGGAGGUUGUACCGUCG